UCAGCUGAGUGUCUUCUCUAUCCACAUAGAUUGCUUCAUUCCCUUACUUGGCCCUAGGAGCUCGUUUGGUCUGCCCGUGUCUUAUUCUCCCGUCAUCCGAAUCACCCCGACAUGUUUGGUUUCGGCGAAUUGCCUAAGGAGUACAAUGUCAAGAUCCACGGACCCUACGACCCGGCCGUGUACUACGGUCCUAAGGACACGCCGUUGUCUGAGGUGAAAUUGGGCCAGCUGCCCGCUUGGUUGAGUCGCCGCUCCAAGAACCCCGUGGAUUGGGUGCGGGCGGGAAGUCGCGGCUACUGGCGAUGGAGUCACAAGUACUUGUUCCCCAAGCACUCGGGGAUCGUGCCCGUGGUCCAAAUGGCCGUGGGAUUGUCCUUCUUCUUCUGGGCCCUCAACAUGUCCGACAUCCGUAAACACAAGUUGCAAAAAUACCACUGGUAAUCAAUCACUUUGGACUGGACGGUCAUUGGAUAGCUCCAACCUGGCAAAUUUGCAAAGUUCCGGAGAAGAGAAGAACACCGCCAUCUUGGUUCUCAUAGUCUCGUUAAUGGCAAAAUAUAUUAGUGAUUAACUCUCA